UUCCCCUUCAAACUUCUCCUCCCUCUCUCUCAGCUCAGCUCCUCUCUUCCUGAGCUCACUCUUGUCGUUGGCGUUCGCGUUGACUGGCCAGAGUCCGCGAGCUGAACACCCUCUUGAUCCACCACCUUCCUCUGCCAUUCUUUUUCCUUUCUGUCUCCCAUCUCAGCAGCUUUGUACCCGUUUAUCUCUGGCCUGCCCUCUGGCCCACCAGCUCCUGGUUCCUCUUUCCACUUCCUGGUCUGAUUCUGACAUCUGAUUGGCCAUGGCGUACCAUAGCUUCCUGCUGGAACCAAUUAGUUGUCAUGCUUGGAACAAAGAUCGGUCCCAAAUUGCCCUGUGCCCCAACAACCAUGAGGUUCACAUCUACAAGAAAGAUGGGACCAAGUGGACCAAAAUCCAUGAGCUCUUGGAGCACAAUGGACAGGUGACAGGUAUUGACUGGGCUCCAGACAGUAACCGUAUUGUCACCUGCGGCGCUGACCGUAAUGCCUACGUGUGGACCCUGAAAGAAGGAGCGUGGAAGCCCACCCUGGUCAUCCUCAGGAUCAACCGCGCUGCUCGCUGUGUCAAGUGGUCCCCGAAAGAGAACAAGUUUGCUGUUGGCAGCGGCUCGAGGCUCAUCUCCAUCUGCUACUUUGAGCAGGAAAACGACUGGUGGGUGUGCAAACACAUCAAGAAGCCAAUUCGUUCCACCAUCCUGAGUUUGGACUGGCAUCCUAAUAACGUCCUGCUGGCUGCUGGAUCCUGCGACUUCAAAUGCAGGGUGUUCUCAGCCUACAUAAAGGAGGUGGAGGAGAAGCCCGGCCCGACUCCCUGGGGCAGCAAGAUGCCGUUUGGGGAGAUGCUGUUUGAGUCUGGAGGGUCCGGAGCUGCAGCUCAGACCUCAGGAGGAGGAGGAGGAGGAGGGUGGGUGCACAGUGUGUGCUUUUCACACUCUGGAAACCGCCUGGCCUGGACCUCCCAUGACUCCACGGUGUCAGUUGCAGAAGGAGGCAAGACGAGCACAGUGAGCAGUCUGAGCUCUGAAACUCUUCCUCUGCUGUGUGUUACCUUCAUCACUGAGAGCAGCUUAGUGGCAGCUGGCCACGACUGCUUCCCAGUGCUGUUUGUAUAUGAUGGAGCCAAAGGCAUCUUGACAUUUGGAGGCAAGCUGGACGUCCCCAAGCAAGCAGCCCAGAAGGGCAUCAGCGCCAGGGAACGUUUCCAGAACUUGGACCGCCGAGCCUCAGAGACUCAGAGCAGCGACAAGGAUCUGAACACGCUGCACAAGAACAGCAUCAGUCAAAUCUCCGUGCUCGGUGGAGGAAGAAACCAGUGCUCCAAGUUCUGCACCACCGGCAUGGACGGAGGAAUGACCAUCUGGGAUGUCAAGACUCUGGAGUCUGCAAUGAAGGGCUUGAAGAUAGUGUGAGCUGAAGUUUACAUUUCUCUCAUCAAAGCUGGUUUGCUUUUGGAGACAUGAAGACUGCCGUCAUGUUACGCAAACUACUUUGCUUCUUUUUUAAAAUUUUUUUAAUCAAGGAUAUUUUCAUACCAGUUAAACAAACGGUGAUUGUAAACCCUCUGAAGCGCUUUGUUGGCUCAUUUAUCUCAAAGCUGGACACAGAAGGUCUGACCUCAGAUCUGCAAAUGGUACUUAAUGUGUUUUUAAGAAGUGCUCUCCAGAAGAUUUCAGUCUGAGCUGGAUGUUUAACACUGCUUUUUAUAUACUAAUGACAAUUGAAUGCUGUAAUACUUAUAUUAAAAGCUUAUGCUGGUCAUAUUAUGCAUUUAAUAAAUGAUCUCUUGGUCACAACUCUCACCAGAA